CGUUGGUGUCCUCACGGGUGCGUCCGGGCGGCUGCAGCAGGUGCGAGGCGGUGCGUUCCGGCCUCUUUGCUGCACCGACCACAACCGUGAUGGCGGGCAGACGGUCUGGCUGGAGCCAGGCAGCUCUUCUCCAGCUUCUUCUCGGCGUGAACCUGAUGGUGAUGCCACCCACCCAGGCCCGGAGCCUGCGCUUUGUUACCUUGCUAUAUCGACAUGGAGACCGAUCCCCAGUGAAGACAUAUCCCAAGGACCCCCAUCAGGAAGAGGAAUGGCCCCAGGGGUUCGGUCAGCUAACCAAGGAAGGGAUGCUGCAGCACUGGGAGCUGGGCCAGGCUCUGCGGCAGCGCUACCAUGGCUUCCUAAAUGCCUCUUACCGCCGGCAAGAGGUUUAUGUGCGCAGCACGGACUUUGACCGCACGCUCAUGAGUGCAGAGGCCAACCUGGCUGGACUCUUCCCUCCUGACGGGACACAGCGCUUCAACCCUAACAUCUCCUGGCAGCCCAUCCCCGUACACACUGUGCCGCUCACAGAGGACAGGCUGCUGAAGUUCCCGCUGGGCCCGUGUCCCCGUUAUGAGCAGCUGCAGAAUGAGACCCGGCAGACAGCGGAGUAUCAGAAUGAGAGUGACCAGAACGCACAAUUUCUGGCCAUGGUGGCCAACGAGACGGGGCUUGCCGACUUGACCCUGGAGACUGUGUGGAACGUGUACGACACGCUCUUCUGUGAGCAAACCCACGGGCUCCUGCUGCCUCCCUGGGCCUCUCCCCAAACCAUGCAGCGCCUGAGCCACCUAAAGGACUUCAGCUUCCGCUUCCUCUUUGGCAUCCACGAGCAGGCAGCGAAGGCCCGGCUUCAGGGGGGAGUCCUGCUGGCUCAGAUACGGAAGAACCUGACCCUCAUGGCAACCACCUCCGAACUCCCUAAGCUGCUGGUCUACUCUGCGCAUGACACUACCCUGGUUGCUCUGCAAAUGGCCCUGGAUGUCUACAACGGUGCACAAGCCCCCUACGCUUCCUGCCACAUAUUUGAACUAUACCAGGAAGACAGUGGGAAUUUCUCAGUGGAGAUGUACUUCCGGAAUGAAAGUAAGAAGGCCCCCUGGCCCCUACUCCUGCCUGGCUGCCCUCACCGGUGCCCAUUACAGGACUUCCUUCGCCUCACAGAGCCCGUUGUAGCCAAGGACUGGCAGCAGGAGUGCCAGCUGGCAAGCAGUACUGCAGACACAGAGGUGAUUGUGGCCUUGGCCGUGUGCGGCUCCAUCCUCUUCCUUCUCAUCGUGCUGCUCCUCACUGUCCUCUUCCGGACGCAGGCCCAGCCUCCGGGCUACCGCCAUGUGGCCGAUGGGGAGGACCACGCCUGACAACCACUCGGCCCUCUUCCCGCCACCGCCUAGGGAAGUGGGCUGGCCCUACUCUUGACUGUUGCUGCUCCCAGCUUAAGGACAGGAGGCUGGGUUGGGCCUCCCUGACUCCCCAGCCCAGAUGAGCAACAGGGCUUAGUGUGGCCCUUGGCACCUGUCACUUAGCUGACUUCUACCAGGUACUGCGUCAGAUGUUGGCUUCCUCUGGCGGGAUUGCAUCUUCCAUCCUCCCUGAGGACCUGAGGUGUGCACAGCGCUCACCUCACUCAGGAUUUCGGAUAAAAACCCCGAAGGAGUCAGUGCCAGAUCUGCCUCGCUUCUCCACCAUGUCCUUCCCUCCCUUCUGGUUUGGAGUUUUGGCACAUAAUUCAACAGGACAUCGUCCUACUGCACAAUGCACGUUUUAGAGGGAAAAACUGCACAACACUGGGGUAUAAAUGUUGGCUACCAAGGAAUCGGAUUGUCCUACAACCAGCAAGCCAGCUGCCUUGUGUCUGGCAGAAGCCACCAUUCGUGUGUGACGUCGUGCUUCGAGCACCGUUGUUAACUGAGUUUAAGCAGGUCGGAGAGGUGUUUGGAUUUCAUCGGGGAGGGAGCUGGGGGAGGUGGGAGGGAGCGAACCCAACUGAAUCGGGAACCUGCUUUCCCCACCUUGGGGUUGGGGAACUGAACUGCUCCUGACCGUGGCCCUGAACAGGGCUAUGGCAGUUUCCGGAGAAUGAAGUUUUGGCUCACGA